GACGGCUAUCAUCCAAUCGUUGCUUCUUUCACUUCCUUUUCUUAAUGUUUUCUUGAUUUUUGUCUUUUCUGAUAAUGGGAAAGUUGGAUCUUGUCAAGACCGUACGAGGUCUUGACCAGAAGGGGUCUGUCGAAAAUGGAAAGAAUCUCCAGGAGCUGUGGAACAGCCUUACAGAGUCAUCGGAUCACCAAUUCCACGCGGCAGAAGAGAGCGCGCUGAGGUGGCUGCUCAAAUCUAUGAACGGAAACUCACCUGAGGCGGAGACCAUACGGCGUUACCCAUUGACCUGGACGAUUAUGGAUUUUGUGUUUCAAAAGAUUCCGCUCUUCUCGCUUGCCAAAUCUCUGGCGGAUAGGAAAUUUGUGGCCGUCCUGCAGCAGACUUUGAAGGAGGCAUCAAAUCCCAGCGAAGAGCCUGGUUCCUCAAGUCCGAAAAGAAAGAGAUCGCUAGCUCCACGCUACGCCUUGGACGAACUGAAAGGUUUAGAAGGCUGUCUAGCGACUGGUCAGGCCGUCUUCAAGGCUCUGAAAUCUCUGCUUGGGCGGCUGGGAACCGGCGGCGUUGGAUCACGCGAUAGGAUUGGAGCUGAACAUAUCAAAUCUCUCUUCAGUACAUCUGCUCUCGAAUCUGCGACAUUAGCCUCUUCAUUCUUCAUAGUUUGCCUUCUACUACUGGCUAGCGAUAUCUGUGACGAGAUCGAAGGCAAGGAAGACUGGAUUGUAACUGUCUCUAGGAUAUGGGAUCUCCAUUUACAAGGAGAAAAGGACGCCCUAGAGAUUGCGAUUCAUCUCUUCAGGCCAGCAUCUGCAAUCUUAAAAAAGGUAGAGCCUUCCAUACAAGGCCAAACACCUACUGUCAACGAAGCCUUGGCUACCCGAUGGAGUGCAGAUCUUCAAAAGUUUAUGCACCGAAAUUUCAUUCUCCCUGCCCGAACAUAUUUCUGGAAUCGUCAAGAUUUUGAGAUCAUCAUGAAGGCGCUUGAUGUAUCAAAUGACAAAACGAGAACGUCUGCUCCGGUACUAUACUUUUUGGCUGCCGGAAUCCCUGAUCUUUCGACUGAAAGCGAUAUGCGUAGGAUCAAUACAAUGUGGAUGGAUCGGAUAUUUAAAGCUGUGGAGGAGCAGGUUCGUCCAAAGGCAGACCGGAAUAUCCUGAUGAAGCAGGUAUUGGCACAGGCCAUAGGAAAGUCGCUAUCCAUUGAUGCAGGAGAUUUGCGUCAAGUAUGUCGCGAUUAUGGUAUGGGAACGGAAAUCGACUGGAGUCUACUUGCGAAUGCUGCUACAUGCAACCCGGAUAUCUUUCAAAUGUCUGAAGAAGGCACCGCGCUUUUGAAUGAGAUCUGCGUACAAAGCAUUGGCCAAGCCUCUGAUUCGCAUAGCCACAAAGAUCAACUGAAGCUCAUUGCUGCCAUAAAGAAAAGCUUCCAGACCCGUAGAGACCUAUCUGGAUUUUUGCGACUAUGGUUCUCUCAGCUCUGUCUGGCGGAGAAACAAAAGGUAGUCUCAAGCAGCCCUUGGUUCGACAUUGGACGGAAAGGACAUCAGCGCCACUCGAUUUCGUCUUUGAUAGAAUCCGAACUAUCACCGCAGCAGCUUGUUGUUCUCAUCGAGUGGCUGAAGGAACAAGAGUCUGGCUCAUCCCCCCAGUCUCUGUGUGUCUUUACGAGUAUCAUUGCUGAAGGAUUGCAUGGCGAGUCAUUUGUUGAUGCAGUCGGCCUGAAGCUAUUCGACCUAGUUUCUCCGUUAAAAAGCUCCUCGAAAUCGGCUUUAAAAUGGAGAGUUGUGUCUAAGACAAUCUCGUCAGCCUCCCCCGAAGAGCGGAACAAUGUCUGGGCGCAAGUGAAGGAUCAGAUAUCAAAGCUCCUCCGAAAAGGGACUGUUAAGUCAGCUGAAACAUUCGAAGCUGUCAAGUGCUGCUACCAGGCUUGGGAUUCGAUGAGUCAAGAGAAAGAGUCUGCUAAUGAGCCAGCCAAGUUUAUAGAGAAAUUCACGCAACGCUUAGUAGAAGAACUAGCGUCAUAUGACAUCUUGGACUUUGCGAAAUUAUCAACCUCUCUUGACUUGGAGGCAGCAUCAGAAUUUGACGAAGACCUUUCGUUACAACAGUACCUGGCUUGGUAUAUUCGGGGCUCCAGUCGCUUCUAUCGGCUAUACUUUAGAAAAGUAGACGACAUACCGUUGCUUGAUUCAGUAUCAUCUACAAAGAACGUCAGCCCACCUGGACUGCAUGCGCUGUGGAGUGCUCUUCUAAGCAAUGACACGAAUCUCAAUGACGCGAAACUUUCGAGAAAGCUUCUCGACCGUCUAAUCACGGCCCUUUCUGAGUCUGAGAAGGAGAAAGGGUGGCCUGGAGAAUAUGGACAACUGUGGAUCCGGACGUUAUGCAGCGUACCGUCGGAAGCCUUUAACCGCACACAACGUGAGCAGAUCAUGAGUAUCUUGGAAAAAAGGAGAGAAAAGAUGGUCAAUUCUCCGAAGCGCGUGUCGUUGGAAGGCUGGAAGUUGGUUCUCGACCUGACGACCAAGAUGAUGACGCGACCAACCUUUCAUGAGGAGAUGCAGUUUUCUAAUCUUGUUGAUUUUGCCGAUGCCAUUUCAAGCCUCUCGUUUGAAGAAACAUUGGAUGAUGAGACACUGCUUGAACUUGUUGAGAGGUAUUUUGCAAUGUCAGCAACGAUUAUAAGGCAAAUGUCGGACAAUUUUGAUGAGCGAAGUACGAAAUAUUUCUCAAAAGGUCUCGAGUUCAUUAAAGCAUGCGCAACAGAAGAGGUGAAGAGUGAUCCUUUGGGCCUUCCUUCGCUACAUGUAACCCUAUUAAAGGCUCUUGUUGUUGAACUUAGCCGGUCAUCAAGUCUUCAGAGCCAAUCCAGUCUCAGCCAGCUACAGCAAAAUGCUAAGAAUGCAUUGACGCAACACGUCGCAGCGGUUUUGGGAGAGUUUAUUACAAACAAAAAGCUAUUAUCAAAACAUGAUAACUCAAAAGAUUUAGCCCUUUUUGCAGCAGUACAUGCAGCAGAGGCCAUGGAUAGCGCCGCAGGGCUUUCACAGCAUAAGUCAUCGGCUGUUCAAAAGCUUGAGAAGCGGACCAAAGAAGCAAUGAUUACUGGAGACUUGAGAGCGUGGAAGAUUCAGAUUUUCCUUCAUACAUAUCUACCGAGCGAGUUGGAGGAUCCUCAUCCAACUCAAUUUACUGCUCUAGCAAAUCUGCCGCCAAGGACCCGCGAGCCUCUUUUAAGAGAGUAUGUUGCAUCUAUAAUUGCUAAAGCUAACGUGGCCGAAGUGUCACGCUACCUUCAAAUGUUAAUUAGUGACUUCACGGGGGGCUGCGAUACUGAUGGCCAGGCUCUUGCCAUCGGUCAAGUCGUUGGCCACCUGAUUGAACGCACUGAUCUACACGGUAAAAGCGAAGGCGUCGAUUUAUCGGCAGCUCAUAGCGAGCUAACACUCAGCUUAUUAAAGAAAUCCCCAAAUGCAGGCUAUAUAUGCCAAACUAUCCAGACUCUUCUUGAAAAGAAGCCUCAGGCCAUGGGACAGUGGAAUAUUGAAGUAACCCUGAGUACUGUCAACGACUUGGCUUCAGCGAAGCCCACAACUGGACCAACGGUGUCGUUUACUUGGCUGUGCAAAUUAGUCGGAACAGUUAUCAAGAAGCACCGCUUACGAUUGGAAGGCCACCACCACUUGCUGCUGACUACUGUACAAGCUUUGCUUAACAGCCUAAUCAUCCAACAACCGAAGAGCACUGGAGAUGGCACGACGCAAGAGUCAAUGGCCCGCCUGUACGGCCGGCUCAUUACCUUCAUAUGUGAGCCUACCGCAGGAGCCGUUUCCCGUUCACAGCAUCAGAACGCCUUGGACUCAGCAACGGACGCAGCCAAACGCUCUGCCGGCUGGCACGUCUACAUGGUGUUGAUGCAGUACGUGAAGCUGCAGCUUGAGGCCGAUGUGCCGAGGGAGGUACGAGAGGCUCUUGAGCCAGCAAUGAAUUCGAUCUUCGACGUGACGCCGCCUGAAGUGAGGAAGAUUCUUAAUGACGCUAUGGAUGCUAGCGGAAGAGCUAUCCUGAGAGAAAUGUUCAAGAGAUAUGUCAAAUUCGGCAAAUGGAGCGGCGUAUAAUGCACUGGGCAUACGGUAUAUAGAAUUAACUAUUAGGAUAUAAGUCUAGGCACUCAAAUUGUAUAUAUGCAUGCAUACAACUCA